UUGCUUCCCUUUUUAGUCGGCCGAGUCUAGAGCAGCUGUCUGGGAUUUCUUAAAGGCAAAACCAGACUCCAAACCCGAUGUCAGUCCACCAUUACGCUCGGCAUUCCCGAUCGGUGGGAAACGUCGAUCUACCAUAAUGAAAACCCCUCUUUUGAGCGCCUGACGGACAUAUUUAAAUCGGAAUGCAGUCGGCCACAGCGGACCAAGGCUAUGGUGACUCCGCGGGUUCAGCCACUGGUUCAGUGGUACAGGUGUGCUUCCCCAGUGUGCAGGCCUCAGUGCUGGACAGUCUAAAUCGGCAGCGUGAAGAAGGCCAUCUCUGCGACCUCUCCAUCCACGUUCAGGGCCAUGUGUUCAAGGCCCAUCGGUGUGUGCUGGCUGCAUCGUCACCUUACUUCCACGACCAGGUGCUGCUGAAGAACAUGUCCACCGUCUCCAUCCCGGCCGUCAUGGACCCCCUGGCGUUUGAGAGCGUCCUCAGUUGCGCGUACACCGGCCAGCUGCGAAUGCUUCGCGAAGACAUCGUUAACUACCUCACCGUUGGCAGUGUGCUUCAAAUGUGGCACAUUGUGGACAAAUGCACUGAGCUUCUCAAAGAGGGCAGGGGAGGUUCCAGUGGAGCUCAGGGAUCCGGAGACAAGGAGAGCGCAGGGCAGAGCGGCGGCGCCAACAAGGUCGCCCCAGCGGACGGAGGAGACGCACCUUCUACUCCUCAACCUCCCAGCCGACCGUCCUUCAGUGAGAGCCAGUCCCCGAGCAGCACCAAUUACUUCAGUCCUAGAGACGCACACUUCGGCGGGACGAUGGUGACCACCGGAGCAGUGGGAGAGAGUGCCGUUCACUCCACCCCGACCUACUGCAUGCCCUCCGGCGGAGAGGAAGGAUUCAUGAUCGAAGAAGACGAAGAAGAUGACGACGAAGAGCUCUUGUUUCCCAGGAAAAGAGAUCGGGGAGGCAAGCGAAAGGUCGCGACCUCCGUCUCUGAUCAAGAGGUGGGGGUGAGCGACAGUUUUGGAGUUUCUUCGUAUCAAGAUGGAGACUCUUCUCCACCCCAGAAGCGGCCGUCUUACAGUCAGCCGAGCAUCAUGCCGAGAAAACAGUGGGUGGUGGUGAAGACGGAGCACUCGAGAGACGACGACCUGAUCGUGGUGUCAGGAGGAGAGGAGGGAGGAGACGAUGAAGAAGAACGAGAGAUGGAGAUAGUUAGAGAGAGGGACAGGACAUUUAAUAUAUCAAAUGUUAGGACCCUCUCUGGACUCAGAGAAGAAGCUGAAAUGGAGGCACAGGCUGACUAUUGCCAGUCUUCGGAAGACUACCUCAAGUUUGAGAGGGGUUUGAUGGACCAGACAUCCUCUCAUCACCCUCCUGAGAACCCCAGCCAAUGCUCCAGCAGGACCGUGUCCACCCUGCUCGGCUCGGUUCAGUCGACGGCCGCCAGAGCUCAGCUCUUUCCUCUGGAUAUGCAGGGAAACCAGAUUCUCCUGUACAAUCAAGCAGCCCUGGAGUCUACAUCUCCAUUAGGGCUCGCAGGAGGCAUGUCUGGGGUGUCUCUAAAAGGGAGUCUCGAACACGGAGCGGUCCACUUACCCGGCCAAGGUGCUAUGGGGAGCGGGAUGGAAGGAUUAGACGGCGGCGUGGCUGGAAGUUCAGGCAAGGUCUUCAUGUGUCACUGCGGGAAGACGUUCACGCAUAAGAGCAUGCGGGACCGGCACAUUAACAUGCACCUAGACCUGCGGCCCUUCCACUGCCCCGUUUGUGCCAAGAAGUUCAAGAUGAAGCAUCACCUCACCGAACACAUGAAGACCCACACCGGUCUGAAACCCUACGACUGCCACAGCUGCGGGAAGAAGUUCAUGUGGCGCGACAGCUUCAUGAGGCAUCGCUCACAUUGCGAGAGGCGCAGCAGGGCCGAAGGAAGAGUGGGAUCCGAAAGGUCGGUCAUUUCUCCACCACAUCACAUGAAGCUCCAAUCAGCCAAUGAGACUAGCAUUGGUAGCGUUGGCGCCAGAAGCGGGAUCCCUGUUUUGUCUCCGCAACAUUCCAUGAGCAACAAUAGCGUCUCUUGUCUCAACAUGGCUGCUUCUGGGCCUCUUCUUGGAAUCAGUUCUCAAAGUGGGCCGCACGGCAUUGGAUCUAGCGUUUUGGGCAUUGGUGGCAAUCGUAGCGGGUGUGUGGAAGAAGUCUGUGAGGGUAACGUUGACGAAAGCAGCGUCACAUAAGAGGUUUCCCUCAGAAACCAAUGUCCCGCAAAACCAGAACACUUGUCUUCGGUUUCAAGGGACUAUGGGCCAGAUUUACUAAUCAGGGAAAAUUAGCGUUAAGAGCGCAAUUCCAUAAAAGCAGCGAUGGUAGGGGAAAAAUCUCCACAACAUCUCUUUUCCAUAAUGACCAGCUCAAUCUACCAAGAGCACCCAGGUUAAAAAAGUACACUUCCAUAAUGUAUUUAAAGUGCUCUAUUGUCGUGCACUAAUUGUGUACUUAAUAUACUAAAAAUUAUUUUACUCAAGUGUACUCAACUUUGUUAUUUUGGGAUACCAUGAAUAUGACCUAAAAUGCGCUUUUAAAAUAUCUCUGUAUUUAAAAAAUUUAUUUAGUUACCAGUUGUAGUACACUUGAAGCCAUCUUUCAUACACUAGUACACUCAAGUGUAGUACAAGUGGUGACUAAAUACAUUUUUUAAAUACAAUGAUAGUAUGUUAAAGAUUUUAGUUCAUAUACAUGGUGUCCCAAAAUAGCACAGUUGAGUACACUUGGUUGAUCUUAAGAAGUACUAAAGAAUCAUUUUUAGUAUAUUAAGAAUAAAAGUAGUGCAAGAAAAUAGAGCACUUCUAGAACAUUAUGGAAGUGUACUUUUUUUAACCUGGGCAGCGCAAAUUACCACCUGCUUUAAAGCAUGCUUUUUUGGGGGCAUUAAAUAAUGCCACAAAUACCAGAGAAUUGACGAGCGUAAAUCUUAGUAAAUCGCGUUGCGUAAUUCAUUUAAAUACUCUCCCAUAAAUUUACCGAUCGAAAGGGAAACUCUUAUAAAUGCAUAUUCAAUAAAGUGAGUCACAAAAUAACUGUCCACACCUUUUCAGUGCCAAUUUCCCACUGUGUCUUCAGUAUAUCCUUACAGUAGUUUUUUAACAUGAAAUGAGGGUUUGCGCUGGCGCAAGCUGAUAGUAAAUCUGGCCCUAUGUGCACAAUUGUCUGAUUCUUUACCUCAUGUUGGUGAGUGCGCCAUACAAGAUGUCCCAUGUGUGUUUGAAAAUUAUAAAAAAUGACCAAGUGCCCAUUGCUAGCUCACGUAUGUAUGUACUUAAAGACCAGGCUGCUAUGGUGACUGUCAAAACCGUAUCCCGGCCAGGAAUAAGGUACAGUCGCCAUCACCUUCAAGCUGCCUCACUAGCACAGAACAUUCGUUCACUGUUGCUCUAAAGUGCCGUUCUGUUAUUAUAUUAUGUUGUACAGAGCUGUACAUUACUGUAACUCAUUUGGUCCGUUCUUGAUGUGAAGUUUUAUUGUACUGUCACUCAACUAUAUACAGAAUAUUCACUCUGAAAGGUUUUAAAUGUCUUGUUUUCUUAAAUAAGAGACAAGAAUAUAGUUUCCUCUGCACUUUGGUGUCUUAAGACCCCAUUCACACCAAGAAUUAUAACUGUAAUGAUAACUAUAAAGUCUCAUUUGCAAAAAGGAUGAUAACGAUAACUAUAAAAGCUUGUUCGCAAACAGGACUAUAACAAUAACUAUAAAGACUCAUUCACAAAAAAAGUUUAACUAUAAAGGUACAUUCACACAAAGUAUAAUAGCUAUAGUAUAAUAACUAUCACGGCUCAUUUGCAAAAAAGGACGAUAAGUAUAAGAAUAACUAAAAAGGUUUGUUCACAUCAAAAACUAUAACUAAUAUGAUAACUAUAAAUGUACAUUAAUAUAAACAUUGAUAACUAUUACAAUAACUAUAAAGGCUUUUUCACAAAAAACGACGAAACUAUAACAAUAACUAUAAAGACUCAUUCACAAAAAAAGUCUAUCUAUGAAUUUAAUUAUAAAGGUACAUUCACACAAAGGAUAAUAACUAUAACAAUAACUAUCAAGGUUUGUUUGCAAAAAAGGAUGAUAACUAUAACGAUAACAAUAAAGGCUCAUUCGCAAAAAGGAUGAAAACUUUAAAAAGAACUAUAAAGGUACAUUCACAUAAACAACGAUAACUAUUAGAGUAUCUAUAAAGGUUCUUUCACAAAAAAAAAGGACGAUAAUUAACUGAAAAGGCUCAUUCAUAAGAAAAGCUAUAAAGAUAGCUUUAGAGCAAUAAAGUUAACUAUAUAGGUCCGUUCACAUAAAGAACGAUAACUGUAAUGAGAACUAUGAAGGCUUGUUCACAAGGACAUAUAUUAUAAAGAUAACUAUAAAGGUCUGUUCACACAAAUGAUGUAACUAACGAUAAAGGCCCAUUCAUGAAAUGUUGUAACAACUUUAACAUUUUCUCUUUUUUUUUUUUUUUUAUGUUGUUUUGGGGCUUUUAUGCCUUUUUUUAAAUAGAUAGGACAGUUGAGAGCACCGGAAUCGAGCACAGUUGUGCUGUAUGUUGGCAUACUAACCAAUAGGCUAUUGGCUAUAAAGUUUUAAUAAUCAUUCUAAGUGAAUGGCAAAGUCCACAUCACAACUAUAAUGAUAGUGACAUAAUUAACAACAUAAUUCAUAUCAGUCAGAACUUUUUUCAUCUGAUAAACGAUAAAAACACUGACAGCCAAUCAGAAUGAUAAAGUUAUAGUUCUUGGUGUGAACGGGCCUUAAAACUUAAAUAAUCAUUCAAAUUCUACGAGAAUAGCGACAUAGAGGUUGCCUUUUUUUCAGCUGAUAAAUUAUUAAAAAACAUUUACAGCCAAUGAAAAUCUAUUCCACUUUAAAGAGCUCAAGCACAAAACCACAGAGCAUGCUUAUAAUAAACAGAACAUUAUUGUGCUUUGGUGUGGACGCUAAUAUAGUUAUCAUUUUUGGUGUGAACGGACCUUUACUGCUUGAAGGGCAGGGAAGUGCAGGAUUUGUAGGUAGUUGGAUCACUAAAUGAAUCAACUCGCAGUGCAUUUUGGCUUUACAAUAUGUCCUUUUACCCGUAAAACCAACAUAAACAUUGAGGGGGACACAUCCUCCUCAAUACUGGUCAAAAGUCACAAGCACCUGGCAUCCAACUACUGAACUCCUGCAGUAUUUUAGAUGUAGCCUAUAGUGAACCUAUAGUGAUAGUUUACAUGUUUGCCUUCCAUGAAGGCCGAGACCUGAUUCGCGAAUGGAUGAAAAGCUUGAAUGAAGUGUGCAAAUGACAUGCCAAAUUAGCGUGAACGUCUGCAACUGCCAAGAACGUUUAAGACAUAUGAAGAUGAUUUAACAAAUCCUGAUUGGGGUCGAUCAAGACUUGUGUUUUAAUUGCCUGAGUGGAUGUUUCGAUGCAGUGAUCAGUAGUUGCCUUGUACCACAGAUGCACCACAGAAACCAUAUACCUCAAACAUUUGUGCAACUAUUCAAUAUAUUACAAUAAAUAAACCGGUAUCUGAAGAUUGUGAGCUGGAAGGAAUCACUUAUCCACACAUUCUUAUUACUUUUAUAUCAAACCUGUGUGUAUUUCAGAUUUGUGAGCAAAGUUGAAGUGUGAACAAUGAAGUAGAGAACAUUUGAAAUCUAAAUUAAAAACAACCAGUAGGUAAAAGCAUGAUUCAGUGCUCGCUUGAUGAGUAAUCUGGUUAGAGAUCUGUAUUUUGUACUGAUAAAUAAAAAAUAUAUUUGUUCUGUCUACAACUGUUGUGGUGAAUCUGAAAUAAAUAUGCGAUGGGCGGUAGCACACUAAACAUUUUCCUGAUGUGGACAGAAUAUGUCAAUGGUUUCACAAGAUUCAAGAUCUUCAAAUGAAAGAGAAAUAAAGUAUGUUGUG